AUGAAUCCCUCUGAUACAUCUGAGAUGACGGAGAUCAGUAAUCCAACAUCGGGCUAUCAUGCCACUAGACUGGAGGAGACCGAUGUGGUUUUUUGUUCUGAGUGGAAUCGGCAGAAAUCUAAACCAGUCACGAACAGCAUAAGCCCAGUGACGAGAAGGAUAAGCAGCAUGGAUACUACGGUGUUCAACGCGGCACAAGAGUGCAAUAUUGAUGCCCUGAGAGAACAUAGUGGUCAGCUUCACCAAAUGUUGACUCCAACCAAGAACACAGUCCUCCAUGUUCAUAUAGCAUGUGUAGGCAGUGAAAGGUUGACCAAGCCUGAGGAAUUGCUGAAAUCAGCCGAGGUUGUAAGGGAGAUGCUUAAAAUGUGCCAGCCGCUGCUAUUACAGCCAAACCAGAGCGGUGAUACUGCCUUACACUUGGCAGCGAGAUACGGACAUGCUGACAUUGUUGGAGUUCUGAUUCAGGCUGCGAAAGACUGGCGUGGCGACCUCGAGGAAGGUAUCUCAUCAAACGAACUGUGCCACCAGUGUCUCAUAAGAAGUACUAACGAGGAGAAAAACACAGCCUUGCACGAGGCAGUGCAGUUUAAUCAUCAAGAUGUGGUAAAGAUAUUGACUCGGGAAGACCCUGAGUUUAUUUACUCUGCUAAUGAUGCUGGCGAGACUCCACUAUACAUGGCGGCCGAAAGAAGAUACCGGAAACUGGUUUUUGACAUCCUCAACACUUGCACAAGUCCAUCCUAUCAAGGACCCAAUGGUUUGACAGCUUUACACAUGGCAGCUAUCCACGGUGAUGAAGAAAUAACCAGACGACUACUAGAGAAGGAAAUGACGCUAGCAGUAGCAGAAGACGUAUACGGAUGGACUCCACUUCAUAUGGCUGCAUUCGGGGGUCACGUUUCAAUUGUGAAACAAAUACUCGAAUGUGAUAAGUCCACUGUUUACAUUGGCGACAAUGACAAGAUGACACCCGUUCAUCAUGCAGCUAAAGAUGGGCGUGUAGAUGUACUGAGACAACUUCGUUUGUAUUGUCCAGACAGUUUCGAAUUGACGGACGUUAAAGGUCGCAAUGCCCUUCAUCAUGCUAUUUUGGCAAAUAAGGGUAAAGUAGAAGAAUUUGUUCGAGUAGAUCCAUGGCUUAGCAGCAUCCUUCUAAACGGCAAAGAUUUCGAAGGGAACACACCUCUUCAUCAAAUUGCUAUAUCCGAAAAAUAUGAUGGCUUGAGAUUUAUCAGUGAUGAUAGAGUUGAUAAGAUGGCAUUCAACAACAACAAUAAAAACGCGCUAAGCAUCAUUGCAGGGAAGACUAAUUCUCAGUGGAAGACAAAUCUGCAACAAGCUUUGAUAACUGAUGGUGCAAAUGUGAGUCUACGAGUGUUAUCUAAAGCUAAUGGUGCCAAGAACGUAGAUGUGAAUAAAGGUGAUGGUGGCGUCAAGCAAGCAUAUGUGAAUAACCUCGAUAACGGUGGUGGAGAGUCAAACUACAAGGAAAUCAAAGAAUCUCAUUUGGUGGUAUCUACACUCAUAGCAACUGUAACCUUCGCAGCAGGUUUCACAGUGCCUGGUGGUUACCAAAGUGAAAAGGGCCCAGAUCAAGGUUUCGCAAUUCUGUCACGAAAUGCAGCUUUCCAGGCAUUUGUGAUCACAAAUACAUUAGCCAUGACUAUGUCCAGCUGUGCUGUCCUGAUACGCUUUUUUAUACCGUUACAAAGGCGGGAAUUUACCUUUGGAACCGUACCAUUCGGGACGGCUAUAUUUCUCACUAUGUACGCCUUGGUUGCGAUGGUGGUUGCGUUCCUUACCGGCACAUACGCAGUAUUAGGCGGUCAUUCCUCAUUCGGACUUGCCAUUGCGGCUUUGGUCGUUGGCUGCUUUUUCUUCUUUGCCUUGGCCGCGUUCGUGUUUUUCCCAGCUUUUGCUUCUUUGCGGACUUCUAUGGGUGAAGCUCACGACUGUAUCUUUUCCGUCUUUGAGAACUUAUGUCGUGGGAACUUAUCCAUGUCAUGA